AUGUUUCGUUUCAUUGCAAGUUUUAUCCUUGUUCGACUUGCAAUCAUUGUUUAUAUGAAUGCGUCUUUGUUUGCAUCGGCGGAACGAAUCGAUUGUUUUCCAGAACGUGAGUCCACAUAUUCAAGUUAUUCAAAAGAAGCUUGUCUAGCACGUAACUGUCUAUUUGAUGAUAAUGCAUCUACCGAUGUUAUUCAAUGUUUUUUACAUCCCAAUUAUGGAUACAUUCUACAACCAGAUAUUCAACAAACAGAGAAGGGCAUGCGUCUACGAUUACGACGAAACCAAGCUAUUGUCAGUAUGUUUCCUGAGCCUAUAAAUAAUGCUCUUCUUGAAAUACAAUAUUAUACGAAUGACAUAAUCAGAUUCAAAUUGUACGAUGAAGAUAAUCAACGCUAUGAAGUACCAAUUCCAUUGGCUUCUCGAUUUGAUCAAGUAUCAUCACCUCAAUACGAAUUUAUUUAUUCGUCGAAUUCUUCACGUGAUAAUAUUUCAUCAUUUGCAGUGCAACGUCGAGCUGAUCGAGCAAUAUUAUUCGAUACAUCUCCUGGUGGUCUUGUAUUGAAUAAUCAAUUUCUUCAAAUAGUCACACGACUUCAAUCGUCUCAUGUUUAUGGAUUUGGUGAGAAUAAUCAUGAUACUUUGAAACACAAUGUCAGCGAACACAAAACAUGGGGUAUCUUUGCUCGUGAUCAAGGUACCAAUUGGAAUACAAAUGCAAACAAUUAUGGUUCACAUCCAUUCUAUAUUGUUAUGGAACAGUUGCCAAAUUCUGAUUCACUACCAUCAGGUAACAUGCAUGGCGUCUUGUUGCUCAAUUCAAAUGCCAUGGAUUAUUCGUUUUCAUCAUUACCAUCGUUAACCAUGCGUACUAUCGGUGGUAUUCUCGAUUUUUUUGUAUUCCUUGGUCCCAAACCAGAACAAGUCAUUCAACAAUAUACGUGGUUGGUUGGCCGAUCAAUUCUGCCACCUUAUUGGUCACUGGGUUUUCAGCUUGCUCGUUGGGACUAUUCAAAUCUAACACACAUGCAGAUGGUUGUUAAACGAAAUCGUGAUGCUGGAAUACCACUCGAUAUUCAAUAUGCUGAUAUUGAUUAUAUGGAUGCAAGAAAGAUUUUUACGGUCGAUCCGAAUCAUUAUAAUGGACUGAAAGAAUAUUUUGCUCAAUUGAAUGCUGACGGUGUUCGAACAAUUGUUAUACUUGAUCCCGGUAUGAUUGAUGAUAAACUAUAUUAUCAACCAACAAUACAAGGCAUUGAAGAACAUGUUUUCAUAAAAUGGGAUGAUAAAAGUACAUUGGUAAAAGGAUCUUGUUGGCCAGGUGAUGUGUUCUUUCCAGAUUUUUUUCUCAGUCAAACUUAUGAUUGGUGGUCACGUUGGAUCAAUGAUUUUCGUCGAGUUAAUGUUUCGUUUGAUGGACUUUGGAUCGAUAUGAAUGAACCCGCUCUCUUUGAUACUAACAAUGACGCACCUUGGAAUUGGUGGUUAACUGGUAGUAAUCAUACAUUGAAAUGUCCGCCAAAUCAAUGGGAAGAUCCACCUUAUCGAACUAAAGCUGUAUUUCGCUAUGAUGGCAAUGACAACCGAGCUGCUCGUAUUUCCGAUCGAACAAUGUGUAUGUCAGUUCGACAAGGUGAGAUUGAUCUAGAAACGGGUCAACCUAAGUAUCGUCAUUAUGAUGUACACAGUUUGUACGGUUGGAGUCAAACAAAACCAACGCUAGAUAUUAUGCGAUCGAUCACGGGUAAACGAAGUUUAGUUUUGCCUCGUUCGACUUUCGUUGGUUCGGGUCAAUGGAGUGGCCAUUGGCUAGGAGAUAAUGAUGCAGAAUGGCAUGAAAUGAAACGAUCAUUAGUUGGUAUGGUUGAAUUUAAUUGGUUUGGUAUUCCUUUCAAUGGUGCUGACAUAUGCGGAUUUGGGGGAACACCAACUGAAGAAAUGUGUAUUCGUUGGAUGCAAGUUGGUGCUUUCUAUCCAUUUUCUCGAAAUCAUAAUGUUCAAGGUACACCAGAUCAAGAUCCAGCAUCGUGGUCUACAUCAGCCGUAGCAAUCAUGGCUUCUGCACUUCGUAUUCGUUACACGCUACUUCCGUAUUAUUAUACACUUUUCUAUAGAGCACAUACGCAAGGUUCAACAGUCAUUCGACCGUUAUUUCAUGAAUUUCCAACAGAUAAAGUCACCUUAGAUAUUUUUCUUCAAUUUCUUAUCGGAUCACAUCUUAUGAUAGCACCUGUCACUGAUAAUGGUAUCCGGCAAGUUCAAGUUUAUAUUCCAUCGUCACCAUGGUACAAUUAUUAUACGGGCUCUAAAAUUCUUUCUCCAAAACAAUGGAUAACCAUGGCGGCACCUUUAGAUACAAUCCCUAUUCUAUUGAGAGGUGGAACUAUUUUACCAAUACAAGGUUAUGCCAACAAUACAAAAUUCUCAAGAGAACAACCUUUUGGUCUAAUGAUUAUCAUGGAUUCAGAUGGAAAUGCUGACGGUGAGCUAUUUUACGACGAUGGUGAAUCAAUCGAUACAAUCUCCUCGAAAAAUUAUUUUCAUGCGACAUUCCAAUGGUCAUCAAAAAAUGGUCAAUUGACAAUGAAUAUUGUUCAAAACAGUUAUGCACACAUGUCAAAUUUAAUUCUGCAUUCGUUAGCUUUCUAUGGACUCGAUUCAGUACCAGCUAUACUUCACGUGAACGGAAAACAAUUCCACCCAACUCGACGGCCAAAUACAAAUAUAGCCGAAGUUACUGGUUUACAAUUGUCAAUGAGUGAAAAUCAUAUUUUUACUAGCAAAAGUAUAACUUUUGCUAUCCAUUAUUAUUUACUUCUCGGAUGUUUUAUUAUUUGGGUUCUACAAGGUCACCUGUUUAUCCAUUAA